CCCGAAGUGGCCUACUCAUCAAUAUAUCCCACGAGGAUAUGUAUAAGCAUAGCGGUUACAUCAACAGAAAAUAAGAAUUAAACUGGCUGUACCCAUUUCUCUCCCUCUCCAACAGGACCUUUUGAUGAGUAGUACUGAAGUAACUGGCCAUUUUUCAACAUGAACGCUUCUCCUGCAAAUAUUCUAGUUAACUUGGACUACGGUUGGUUUGGUUUCCCAAGAGGCUAGAAUCAUAAGUCCAGUACAUAGUAUUAAUAAUAGCACAGUGAGACAUGAAGAAAAGAAAAAUUCAAGGAAACGAAUAAUGGCCUGAUGCCAGGAAAGAGAAGUUCUUUUAAACGCCCCGCCACCCCACCUAAAUUUAAUCGGGCUGUGAUAAGAUUAAGAAAAGAACUCGAUCCUCGAUUAUCCGUCGAAUAAUACGAGAUAGUAAUCUCCACAGCGAACACCAUGGCGGAGGCAGACAGCACGAUCCUCACCCUCCGCAAAGUCCUCACUUCAGAAUCUGAGCCUCUGGCACGUCGAUUCCGCGCUCUCUUCUCCCUCAAACAUUUUGCCUGUCUGCAGCCUCCUACAGAACGGACCUUGCCUGCCAUCGAAGCUAUUGCGGCUGGUUUUACAUCCAGUUCAGCCUUGCUCAAACAUGAACUUGCAUAUUGUCUUGGUCAAUCCCGGAAUCCCAAUUCAAUUCCAUACCUGAAGGAAGCGUUGCGGGACGGCGCUCAGGAUAUGAUGUGUCGUCAUGAAGCUGCUGAGGCUCUGGGAGCUCUUGGCAACAAGAACAGUUUGGAUCUCCUGAAGGAGCUGAGGGAUAAUCAAAAUGAGCACGAGGUGAUCCGGGAGACAUGCGAUAUUGCUGUGGAUAGGAUUUUGUGGGAGAAUUCCGAGGAAAGGAAAAAGGAGAAGUUGAAACCCAGUGACUUCACUUCUAUCGACCCUGCCCCGCCUCUUCCAAUGGCUACUACCGAACCCUCGAUCCCCGAAUUGGAAAAAAGACUAUUGGACACAAAGCUUCCUUUGUUUGAGAGAUACCGCGCCAUGUUUGCCCUGCGUGACCUUGCCUCUCCUCCAGACCUGCCCACGGCAGCUCGUGCCGUCGAGGCGUUGGCCAAGGGGCUCCAUGAUCCUUCUGCACUCUUCCGACACGAGAUUGCCUUCGUUUUUGGACAGCUAUGCCACCCUGCCUCCAUCCCUAGCCUCACGACCACUCUUAGAAACCAGAGUGAAGUGGGUAUGGUACGGCAUGAAGCUGCGGAAGCGCUCGGUAGCUUGGGUGACUGUGAAGGCGUGGAAGAGACUCUGAGGGAAUUCUUGAAUGACCCGGAGCAGGUUGUGAAGGAUAGCGUCAUUGUAGCACUUGACAUGGCUGAAUACGAGAAAACAGGUGAAAUGGAGUACGCGCUGAUACCGGAUGCGCCCUCCGAGGCCGUAUCUGCUGCUUGAGGUUUCGCAGGGCUACACAGCGUUGAUUCCACAAAUAAAAGUUCUCUUGUUUCUCAGUUGUUUAUAACCUCUCUGUAGAGUUAGAGUAUUAGCAUACAAUCUCCUAACAUGCAAUCGAUAAGCUGGGGUCGGGCGGGCAAGCAUAC